UGUAAAAUAUUUGAUCGCUCCAGCUAUGCUAACUUUUCUCUCAUAUUGUUUUACGAUCUAAGUUGAGUGUAAUCUUCAUUACUCGAGAUUUACAUAGUACAAAGUAUUAUUAAUAAAAGAUUAUGUUUUAUUGAUAGUUUAAUCAUUUCAAUUCAAAAUAAUUGAAUUGUCGAAUAACAGAUCAUGCCGUAAGUAAAUAUCGCACAGGUGGUCGAAUUACAUAAUUACUUUAUUCGCAAAACAACAUACGAGCUUGAAUUUUCGAGCGUGAAUUUCGCAAGUUUGUCAGACGAUUAACGCGUCAAAUAUCCAUUAUCAAUUCUCACGACAGAUAUAAAAAAAAAUAAUACGUAAGUGGCCGCACGACGAUUCUCGUUAGAACUAUGAAAUCGUAAACGCAGUUUAUAAUAGACAUUAGAGGCUGUACAAAAUGCGUAGCUCGGUGAUAUUGUGCUUCUGCUUGAUCCUGAUGGUAAUAAAUUUACCUGACGCACAAUGCAACUUCGUGAUGCCAAGAUUUCAGCUGUCGUCCGGUUAUGAAAUGCCGGUCAUUGGCUUGGGAACAUCCGACAUCAAAGACGACGAGGUAGAACAAGCUGUACUGGACGCUCUGGACAGCGGUCACAGGUACAUCGAUGCAGGCUACAUUUACCACAAGGAAAAAGCGAUUGGUCGAGCUUUGAAAAAAUGGUUCGACAAGGGUGGUAAACGAAACGAACUUUUCAUUUUGUCAAAGCUGCCUCCAUUUGCAAAUAGCCCAGCUGGCGUUGAAAAAUAUCUUAGACUUACAUUGCGUGAUUUGGGUUUGCGUUACAUCGACAUGUAUCUUAUACAUACGCCCAAAGGUAUCAAAGGAGGUGAUUCCUACACCAUCAAAGCUAGCGACAAGGGUGAAAUAUUCCAAAAUGUUGAUCUUAAUGAACUCUGGCGCGCAAUGGAAGAACAAGUAAAAAAGGGACGUACUAGGUCGAUCGGAUUGAGUAAUUUCAAUAAAGAAGAGAUUUCUAAAAUUUAUGAUAGCGCCGAAAUCAAACCCAGUAACUUACAGGUCGAGUCCAAUGCAUACUUGCACCAAUUCGAGCUGCGCAAAUUCUGCAAAGAGCACGACAUCGUCAUGACUGGAUACUUCAGUCUUGGUUCGAGUAAAGUGCGCCACGGGAUUUACGCCGGCACGGACAAAGAUCUGCCCUCGCUGCUGUCUCAUCCGGUGGUGAAAAAAAUAGCCGACAGUCAUGGCAAGAACACCGGUCAGGUACUGUACAAGCACGCCGUGCAGGACGGCGUCGUCGUCCUGCAGACCAGCACGAAGCCACACAGGAUCAGGAGUAACUUGGACAUCUUCGAUUUCGAGCUCACCGAGGACGAGAUGAAACAGCUCGAUGCUUUGGACGAGGGUGAGCGAGGCCGUAUUCUCCCCAUCGACACUUAUUACGACGUUUUACCGCUGUUUAUCUUGGAAAAAGAACAUCAAAGUAAAUGAAAUGAGAUUUGAAUAUUUUUAUAUGUUACUGUAGGAUUGAAGAUUAAUUCUUCGAAAAAAUGAAUUAUUUUAAAGAUCUUCCAUUUAAAAUCCAGUUGUAUGAU